UUCCAGGGGCCUCUGGCGCCCUCUCUGGGUGGGGCCGAGGAGGCGGGGCUGCGGGCCUUCUUAUCUUCAGAGCCAGCCUUGGCUCCCUGGCGCGGGGCCCCUCAGUGUGGGCUCUUUGCCAUGGGGUCUCUGUUCCCCCUCUCGCUGCUGGUCUUGCUGGCAGCCGCCUACCCGGGAGGCGGGAGCGCGCGGAGGCGGCGGGCUGCGCGGGCGCAAGGCCCCGGGGGCAGCUCUCCGGCGCCCUUCUGGGUACGCAUAAGCCCCGAGUUCGCGGCCGUGCGCCCCGGGAGCUCGGUGUGGCUCAACUGCAGCAGCAGCUGCCCCCUGCCGGAUGGUUCCAGCCUGCGCACCCAGCUGCGGCGGGGCCAGACGCUCAAUGGGACAGGCUGGGUGUCCUACCAGCUGCUGGACGUGAGGGCCUGGAGCUCCGACGUGCUCUGCCUCGUCACCUGCGCAGGAGAGACGCGGAGGGCCACAGCCAGGAUUAACGCCUACAAGCCGGGCAGCGUGAUCCUGGAGCCUCCGGUCCUCGCGGGCAGCGAGUACACUCUGCGCUGCCACGUGACACACGUGUUCCCCGUGGGCUUCCUGGUGGUGACUCUGAGGCGCGGCGGCCAGGUCAUCUACUCCGAGAGCCUGGAGCGCUUCAAGGGCUUGGAUCCGGCCAAUGUGACGCUGACUCACGCGUUUCGAGCCAGGCCCCACGACCUCUGGCAGCCCGUGACGUGCCACGCGCGCCUCAAUCUCGACGGCCUAGUGGUCCGCAGCAGCUCGGCACCCAUUACGCUGCCAGUUCGCGGUGAGGCACCCUUGUAAUCCUGGGGACUUGAGGAGGGCUGGGGAUGGGUUAUGACCCCAGGAGGGUGCGCGGGCCAAGCAUGAGCUCCAUGCGAGUUGUCACACCUCCAUGUGCUCCCUUCCUAAUUCUCACCUCCUGUCCCUAGCUUGGAGCCUCACGUCCACAGCCUUGGCCUCCACCUCCAUCGCAGCCCUUGUGGGGAUCCUUCUCGUCGUGGGGGUCGCCUACCUGCGAAAGUGCCAAUCGAUGCAGUCCCGGGAGUAGAGGGGGUCGUCCAGGCCGGCUGGGGAAAAAAGAAUCUGAAACAAUUUGGGGAACCCUGCUUGGAUCAAUAAAGCCUUUCUCAGCCA